AGCACCACAAUAGUAACGGAAACCUCUAGCCACGAGACCACUAGCACAGGGACUGGGAGCCCUCCAACAGGACCACCUGCCAGCACCGCCAGCACCACAACCUCAGGACCAUCCUCCCCAGUGCCUACAGCCAGCACGACGGUAUCACUGCCCUCAGUCCCAACAAGCCCAGUGACAGCAACCACCUCUGGAGUCACUGAAACAGGGUCAACCACCAAAACCACUACUUUGCAGCCCACACCCUCCCAACCUUCUUCCCAGAGCACCACAACAGUAACGGAAACCUCUAGCCACGAGACCACUAGCACAGGGACUGGAAGGCCUCCAACAGCAUCACCUGCCAGCACCGCCAGCACCACAACCUCAGGACCAUCCUCCCCAGCGCCUACAGCCAGCACGACGGUAUCACUGCCAUCAGUCCCAACAAGCCCAGUGACAGUCACCACCUCUGGAGUCACUGAAACAGGGUCCACCACCAAAACCACCACGUUGCAGCCCACACCCUCCCAACCUUCUUCCCAGAGCUCUACAAUAGUAACUGUUACUGGUAGCCCAAAUACUACCACUGUAAUUCACACUACUCCCACAAGUUCAAGUGCCUUCACAUUCAGCUUGACUUCUGGACCAUCUUCCCUAGUGUCUACCUCUGGCAGUACUGUUUCUCUGCCCUUAUUAUCAUCCAGUCCUGUGUCUGUUACCACCUCUGGUACAACUCCAACAGAAUCUCUUACUACAACUUCAGGAACUACCUCUAGUAAUUUUAUCACAAUCAAUGCAACUACCACCACUUCCGAAAUUGUUUCCCCAGCCUCAACUAGUAUUUCUGGUCCAACUGCAACAUCAAGUGCAGUCACUAUUACAGGAAGUUCUACAUACAGUACAGUUACUCCAUUCAGUGCAAGUUCUACUGCAAGUCCACCAUCAACCACUUCUGGACGAAAUUGCUCUAUUUUACCUGGUGAAUCUUAUGCGGCAUUCAUGGAAGCAGAUUGA